UCUGACAAAGAUCUUCACUUUUCUAUCAUCGGAAUUUUGUUUUCAUAGUUAAAAUUCAUAACCUAUUACCCACGAUUAAUUAUGAUUAAGCUUGUUUCUUACUAAUAUUUAAAGGUUUUUAGGGAAUUCUAAAGUUUCUAAAACCAUUUUCAAUUCUACUCAAUUUCAUCUAAUUCUGUAUCCGUUAUUAUCGUUACAUGCUAAGUAAGGUCAAGGAUCCCAACUGAAGGCUUUGUUUACUAUUGAUUUAGAACUACAUUAAUUUUGAUUGAAGAAUAUUAGUUCUUAACCAGAAAUGGAUUCUCUGAAGGUUUCAACAGUUGAUGAUGAUGAAGAUGAGGACGGUUUGGAUCCUAGAAUUCAGAUUGAGUUGGAGAAACUCAAUAGUGCAACCGACGUGAUAAAUAAAUUGGAAAUGCAGCUAGAUGAAGCCAACACAACGUUCAGAAUGUUGAUGACCGACUCGACAAGGCGACUCAAGGCUGCCUCGAGCAAGCUCGGCGCAAGUAUAGUGCGGGCGAGGCCCUACUACGAGGCACUCGAAUUGUCCAAGCAUGCCCAGCAGGAGUGCCAACGUGCCGCUGUCAAAUUCCAACGUGCUAACGAAAUUCACCAAGCUGCCAAGGAGACAGUGGCUCUAGCAGAGGCCAGAUUCCUGAGUAAACAACACGAGUGGCAAUUCGACAAUGCCUGGCAAGAGAUGCUCAACCAUGCAACCAUAAAGGUAACUGAAGCCGAGAAUCAGAAAUCAGAAAGUGGCAGAGAACAUCAAAAACGUGCGCUAUUGUUCAACGCUGCAGAACAAAAGGUUCAGUUGUUAGAACAGCGCCUGAAACGCAGUAUCAGCAAAUCGCGGCCCUACUUCGAGGAGAAGGCCUUGCUUCAGUCACGGCUGGACGCACAGAAGGCCUGCAUCGGCCAAUUGGAGAAGGCCGUGCAAACUGCCAAGGCCGACUAUGCGGCCUCGCUACACAGCCUCGAACAGAUAUCUGAGGAGAUACAUCGACGCCGCAGCGAUAAGUCGGGAACUGCCACUCCAAGAGGCCCCAGAGAACCAGGGGUGGGCGCUGAAUUGGAACCAGUUAAUUUGGAACUUCCAAGAACCUUGCCAGUCAUGGAGUCAUACAAAUACGACAGUAGUCAGCAGGCGUGUGCGAAGGACACCCUAAGUCUGGACUUUGACCUAGACAGCUGUGAUGUGAGGAGUGUGGACAGUGUCUCUAGAGCAACAUCCUCAGCUGUCUCCGAAGCUGACGACUUGGAAAAUGAUCCUCUUGAAGAGGACCUGGAAGAACUGAAACAGCGAGUGAGAGAGUUGGCCGUGCGGGACAACGUGAGCCGCUCGAGUGAGAACGUGUCAUGGGAGAACGAGUUGACGGCGACCAUAGACAAGCUGGACAAUGCGCUGCUGAUGCGGGAGUGCGAGCUGGAGCUGAGGGAGUCGUGCGGGGUUGGCAGUGUGGGUGCCAUGUCUGGUGAUGCGGGGUUCUUCAGUGGGGCCUCCAGUGGGGUGGACAGCAUGGGUGGGCUCUGUGAUGGGGGAAGUCAAGGCAGUGAUGGCAAGGGCUGCAGUGAUGUUGGGAACCAAGGGAUUGAUGACAGGAAGACCAAAGAUGUUGGCAACCAAGGGUUUGAUGUUGGGAAUCAAAGGGUUGAUGUUGGGAAUCAAAGGGUUGAUGUUGGGAAUCAAAUGGUUGAUGUUGGGAAUCAAAUAGUUGAUGUUGGGAACCAAUGGGUUGAUGGCAAGAACUGCAGUGAUGUUGGGAACCGAGGGAUUGAAGAUGGAAACCAAUACUUUGAUGGCAAGAACUGCAGGUAUGUUGGGGACCAAGGGUUUGUUGCUGAGAACAAAGUGUUUGAUGUUGGAAACCAAGGUAUUGAUGGUAAGAACACCAUAGAUGUUGGGAACCAAGAGAUUGAUGCUAGAAAUCAAAGGAUUGUUGUUGGAAACCAAAGGAUUAAUGUUAUAAACCAAGGAAUUAAUGUUGGUGACCAAGAGUUUGGAGCUGAGAACAAAGGGUUAGAAGUUGAAAGCCAAGGCCUUGAUGGCAAGAACACCAAAGAUGUUGGGAACCAAAGAAUUAAUGUUGAGAAUCAAGGGUUCAAAGCUGAAAUCCAGGGGUUUGAGGCUGGAAGCCAAGGUUUUAGUGGGAGGACCACCAUAGAUGUUGUCAAACAUAGUUCUGAUGUUGUUGACAAUUGUAGAGAUGUUCUGAACCAAGGGAUUGUUGGCAAGACUACCAUAGAUAUUGUCAAAAAUAGUUCUGAUGUUGUUGACAAUAGUAGACAGGUUGUGAAUCAAGGGGUAGACGUGGACAAGAGCAGAAAUGAUGUCAUUGACACUGUUAGGGGUGUUUUUCAUGGUGUUGGUGAUGUUGCGAACCAAGACAUUAAUUGGAAGAGCAUCACAGAUAUUGCCAAUCAUAGUUCUGAUGUUGUUGAGAGUGUAAACAGCAUAAGUGAUGUUGCUGAUAGUUGUGAUGCUUAUAAAGACAGAGGUGAUGCUGUGAAUCAAGGAAGUGAUGUCAAGAACAUCAGUGGUGUUGUAGAGCAAAAUAUUGAUGUUAAGAAUAUCAGUGAUGAGACCAGUAAACUUGUUCACCACGGUAGUGAAUGUGUUGAUCAGAGAAGUGAAUUUGUCAGCCAAAACACUGAAAUUGUUCCCCAGGAUGGUGAUGACAUCAGUCAAAGCACUGAUGUAGUGUUUUUGUGAAACAGUGUCAAUCAGAGAUCAGUGAUGUUUUCAAAGAAUGCUUAUAGUUGAAUAGUCUGGACAAGAUAUUUUCGAAACAGGAGUGUCCUCCAUACCAUCUGUGAUUUUGUGGACUUUGUCACUAGGCUACUAUUAUUUUCAAUCACUCAAGAAUCGGUUCAUUUUUGCAAAGAAUGCAGGAAAUGAUAGUUGAAUAGUCUGGACAAGAUAUUCUCGAAAUAGAAGUGUCUACCAUACCAUCUGUGAUGUUGUGGACAGUGUCACUAGGCUAAUAUUAUUUUCAGUCACUUGAGAAUCGGUUGAUGUUUGCAAAGAAUGCAGGAAAUGAUAGUUGAAUAGUCUGGACAAGAUAUUCUCGAAACAGAAGUGUCUACCAUACCAUCUGUGAUUUUGUGGACAUUGUCUCUAGGCUACUAUUAUUGGCAUCCACUACAAAAUCGGGAGGUCAUUGACAAAACAACAUGUAAAGUUUUAAAAUUUGUACUGAGGUAUCUCUAAAUGACAACAAAUCAUAUUUUAGUUGCCUUCUUUCUCAAUGGUUGAGCCCUCAUCAAAUAAUAUACAUUUUCCGUUAUUUUCGAGUCCAAUUCAAUUGUCUUGAACAGCUGACUAAUAUUUUUAAUGUAAUAGAAUAAUAUUAUGUUCAAAUCCACUUGGAAAUCCAAUCUCAAUAAUUAUUGUCUUCAUUAGCUCAAUAAUAUAGAAUAUUCAAGUCCUCCCCAAGAAUAAUUAUUAGGAAAUUGAUGAUCUGAUCUAGAUAUAAUUAUUUUAACAUCUUCCAAGAUCUAGUCUUCAAGUAGUUGAUACUUAGAGUUGAAAUGUCUUGCGCAAAAGCUUUGUUGAUUCUAGAAAUUGAAUAUUGUUAAUCUGUUCGAACUUAUAAAGGCAGAUUGUUUUAAAAUAAUAAAUGUAUUAUAACUUCACGUUAAUUGUAAAUUUAUUAGUGAUUUUUAAUUGGUUGUAUCUUAAUUCAACAGUAUAUCGCUACUUUAUUGUUACUGUUAUUUUCUUUCAAAUUGAUCUGUUAAGGCUGUUCGUUACAUCUUUUUAUUUCUAUAUAAAUUGGAUAAUAUUUUUCAAUAUAAUUGAAAAGUAAUAUAGAUAGAAAAAUUGGCAACUGAAAUUUUUAAGUGGUCUAAUAAGAGAGUUAUGGGUUGUUGAAGUGCUAAACUCAAUUUUCUUUCCAGAUCAUAAACGGUUUCGAAUUUUCCAUUGGAGUGUUUUAAUACAUUCAGUAUAUCAUUGGCUUUGUUCCAAUAUGCGUUUUUUCGCGAUAAUUGCUAAAAUAAACAAGUUAUCAAAUUUACAAAAAAUGUUACAUUUUUAUUUAUGAACGAACGAUAUGGGGAAUAAAAUGUUUUAGUUUGGAAAGAUACAUUUUUUGAAUUUUUAAGAGAAGUUAUAAUAAUAUACCUAGUCGAAACCGUUUAUGAUCUGGAAAGAAAACGGAAUCUAGAAAGUUAGCACUUCAACAACCCAUAACUCGCUUAUUAGACCACUUAAAAAUUUCAGUUGCUACUUUUUCUCACUCUUAUAAUGAUCUUAACAGUCAUUUUGAAAAAGAUUAUCGAAUUUAAAUAAUAAAAAAGUGUACCGAACAGACUUAAGCUACGUUUACACCUAAGUUAUUAAAAAAUGUUAAUCAUACACAUAAUGAACUUAUGUGUUUGUAAAGUUCCAUUCAAACCAAUAGAAUCUAUUUAGAUUAAAAAUUUUUUUAUAACUUUGGUGUAAACGCAGCUUUGUUGGUUGUGAACUAGUUCAAAUUAGAUGGAUAGUAUUUUUGUUUAGAAUUACAACAUUAUUUAUGUAAUCUAUUUAUUUAUUUUAUAUAUGUUUCUUAAUGGUUGUAUAGUUGUUAGAAUUAGCUGGGUAGUUGACUAUAUUUAUAACAAUAUUUAUUAUUCAAUUAUUGUUAUAGUUGUCAGCAGUUAUCAAUUUUUAAUUGCAUUUUUAGUUUUAUCUACUUGAAAGAAACACGUUGAAGCUUAUUUUGCUGUAUAAUAGGGCUGUGCAAUCGAAUAGUUAUUUCUGGUUUGGUAACUGUUGUUUUUAAAAUUAGGUUUUUCUAAUUGGAAAAAUAUCAAUUUGUUUUUAGAUGUCUGGUUGUUUGGAGAACUUGGUAGCUAAUAAGAGAAAUUAAAUUUUAAUUGAAAUAACAAAAGUAAUGUACUGACUCUUUGCCAUGAUAUGUGAUAAUAUUCAAACAUCCAGGAUUAAAACUUUAGAAUAAUUUUAGUUCCAAAAGUUAUUUGA